CUGACAAGCCGCCAGCCUUAUAAGUGCACAACGACCAUUGGCUGUUUGACUUCCUUUUUCUGUCCACGCGUCUCUGUGUUUGAGAACAUGAAUAGAAGGUACCAACCGAACAUCAUGAUCUCAGUUAAUGCUGCAAGGGGACCUUGAUGACUCUGUUUGCAGCAUUCAUUGGACAUUCUUUAGAUGGAUGAUGUUUGCCAGCUUCAUCAGGACUUCUUGUAUCAUGGCCAACGGCAACAUCGCAUCCACGACAUGCAGAGGUUCGAUAUAAAGAGAAGUCAUUCCCAGAUCCCAAAGCCCACCCGAACAACACAGACUUGACAGUCAACAGUCCAAAGACCUUCAACCGUUCCAAACCCCCAGAGCAAAACCAACACGAAUACCAGUUACAAGCACCACCACCAAGAUGUCCAACCCCAACAUUCCCACCAUCAGGAGAAACUGCGCCACCCCGGACCUCCCUUCCUUGAUCCAAGAAACCAUCGACAACCCGCUGCCGUUCUCUGCCAAACACCAGAACCCCCGAUACCAUGGACGUGCCGCGGGCAACACGAUGCCCACCGGCCUGGAAACAGCCGCCCACCAGGUUUCCGAGCAGCUCCAGCGCUGGCAUGAUGCUCACAAAGGCAAAUACUCGUCGGCAACUCUCGAGACGUUGAAAGCGCUGGAAAAGCAGGUGCAGGCUCUUCGCGAGGCCAGAUGGAGCGGUGUUAUCCCGAUCCGCUCAGGUGAUGGUGCCAAGAUUCUUUGCAUUCUGGCGCAGUUGAAGGCCAUGAGGGACUAUAUGGAUAAAGUUGACGACAUGGAAAAGGACUGGGUGUGGGUUGAAACCCCUGAUCCAAAGGGUCCAGACUCGGAUAUUGAUGGGGAGUAUGUGGUUGUUGAGGUGAACGGGGAGGAAGAUGUGAACGGAGGGAAAGAUAUUGGUGAGCAGGGCUUGCUCGCCACCGUGCAGAUGUACCUGAGGGCUUUGACAGUCCAUUAG